CUAACUAAGAGAUGGGCUCGGUCUGCGAUGUGCUAUGUCUUACUGCUCACAUACAUGCGGGUCCGCCAAUGCGACUCACCGACUGGAUAAUUGGACCGUUAAUCGAAUCUCUGGUUCGGAGAGUCACAUCGCCGGUCCAACCAUCACAUAUUUUAUGUACCCAUACCGAAGAAAAUCACAAGCGUGAUAGGCCGAAUUACCGACGAAAGCAAACGCAUGGAGACUUUACCUAACUCCGACUCUUCCAGCGAUCGUCUCACCUCACUUCCCCACAUGAUAGCUACCGUUUUUUAUUCCCCAGGCUUCCCCAAUUCGUGUCCUCGCACAGUAGUUUAAUCUAACCACGAACCACUCAAACCUCCCCAAUCCCUUAUUCUCUCACCGCCCAGCCCAGCCCAGCCAAGCUCAGCCCUACAGAGCCGGAGAAAAAAAAGGAAAAAAAAGUGAAACAAGGUCCUAGAGGAUGUCGUCACCCCCCACAACCGAGUCCGAGCUCCCCUUCGACGCCCCAGGCGCGGGUAAGCCGUGCAAGACAUGGUACAAGAUCGUCGGGACGCUAUCCCCGUCCUCCCCGGCCCCCCUCAUCACGCUGCACGGGGGCCCGGGGUCCGGCCACGACUACCUCGAAGCAUUGAUCGACCUAACCGAAUCGCGCGGCAUCCCGCUCAUUCUGUACGAUCAGAUCGGGUGCGGGCGCUCGACGCGGCUGCGCGAGAAGGCCGGCGACGAGUCCUUCUGGACCUUCGACCUGUUUAUCAAGCAGCUGGACGAGCUCGUCGACCACCUGCAACUAAGGGAAUCCGGGUUCCAUGUCUUGGGCCAGAGCUGGGGCGGCAUGCUGGGCAGCGCGUACGCGGCGCGCGGGCCGCGGGGGCUGAGGAGGCUGGUGCUUAGCGGCGCGCCUGCGAGCAUGCCGUUGUAUAAGCGGGCUUGUAAGCUCCGGCUCGCGGAGCUGCCGGAGGAGGUCGGGCGCGUGUUGAGGGAGUGCGAUGCUAAGGGUGAUCAUGAGAGCGCGGAGUUCAGGGGCGCGGCGGCGGUGUUCAUGAAGAGGUUCGUGUGCAGGCUUGAUCCGCUGCCGGAGCCGAUUAUGCGGACUUUUACGAAUAUUAGGGAUGAUUCGACGGCGUAUGCGACUAUGCAAGGACAUUCCGAGUUCGAUACUGUCGGAUCACUUAAGGAUUGGGAGGGCUGGAAAGACGCGCAUAAGAUCCAGGCCGAGACGUUGCUUCUCAAUGGGAGGUAUGACGAAGUCAUGGAUUUCGUGGUUGAGCCGUUCUUCAGGACGAUCAAUAAGGUCAAGUGGGUGACGCUUGAGAACUCAAGUCAUACGGCUAUGUGGGAGGACCGUGAGAGGUUUAUGCAGCUUGUUGGGGACUUCUUAUUAUAUUAGUCGCCAACCUGAAAGUCGGUGCAUUGCCUAAGAUCUACAAGUAAACUCAUAGGCAGAAUGCCCAGGUACCUACUACAUAGAAACUCAGAUAAAUCUACAGUAGAGGAACCUUAUGAUCUAGGUAUAUUUUGUUGCGACUCGCGUAGACAUUUCGGGCUCUUCGCCAUCAGCGCGUAUCCACUUCAAAGCUCACCUUGAUCCUGCACGAGCUAUCCUCAUGAUAGACGGA